UGUGAGUUGAUAAAUCUCUUGACAGUACUGUGGGAAAAGGCGUAGCUAGUAAACAUCACGGAAAACACACAGCGGACACCAGAGCCUGAAAACACCGACUUAUUGACUAUCCUCUUCGGUUCAUAUAACGCCAGUCGGUGUCGUCCGUUUUCCCGUUACCGCCCGGGGUUGUCUCAGUGACUGUCAGCGUCUCAAAAAAAGACUGCCGGGGCGUUAGCCAGCUAGCUAGCUAGCAUAGCCACCUAGCCAUAGCAGCAGAAACAGCAGCAUUAGCACUAGCAUCAGCAUCAGACGACAAAGAUGAUAGCGCUAAUUAACAAAUUGCUGGACUGGUUCAAGGCGCUCUUCUGGAAGGAGGAGAUGGAGCUGACCCUGGUGGGGCUGCAGUACUCCGGGAAAACGACCUUCGUCAAUGUGAUAGCGUCUGGGCAGUUCAGUGAAGACAUGAUUCCUACAGUCGGAUUCAACAUGAGGAAGAUCACUAAGGGCAACGUCACCAUCAAGUUGUGGGAUAUUGGAGGUCAGCCUCGGUUCAGGAGCAUGUGGGAGCGUUACUGUCGAGGAGUCAGCGCUAUCGUUUACAUGGUGGACGCAGCAGACCCAGAGAAAAUCGAAGCCUCCAAGAACGAACUCCACAACCUGCUGGACAAACCUCAGCUGCAGGGAAUCCCUGUUUUGGUUCUGGGCAAUAAGAGGGACCUUCCAGGAGCUCUGGAUGAGAAGGAGCUCAUAGAGAGGAUGAACCUGUCGGCCAUCCAGGACAGAGAGAUCUGCUGCUACUCCAUCUCCUGCAAGGAGAAAGACAACAUCGACAUCACUCUCCAGUGGUUGAUCCAACACUCCAGGACUAAGAGGAGUUCCUGAGAACAGACAUGCCCCCAACCGAACAGGCCACGCCCACCCACCCUAACACAUCUUCUCUCUUUGAUCAAUCCCCCACCUCCCACCACCCCCAAAAACUUUUCUCCCUAACCCCAAACUAUUCACCCUUUCCUCUCCAUAUACCCCAUCCUUAAAUAACAUUAAUACCUUCCACCCCCCAGCUACCCUCACAUUGAUGGAGGAUGCAUUGAUACCUCUGGGUCUUUGUUUCUUAUUGAAGUAUUGAGUGAAGUAUCAAACUGACGCCCAGAAGCAGGUGGGACAUGUCAGAAACCAAAGGCAAAACCUCUUGAUCAUCCGUCUGUGUCCUCAUGUAGACGAACACGUUCAGCCUCCAUCAGUUCAGGUCAGGGUCAAAGCAUUUCCAGUGAUUUUAAAAUGAUUACAGACCAUCUGCUUGCCACUCAAAAUUGUAUGACUGCAUGACUGUUUGUAUGGACUAUAUGUGCUGAAAAGUAUGUGUGAACACAUGCAUGUAUGCAGAUACCCAGUGUAGUGUAAACACAACUGCAGCCGCUGUCUGUGUCUGCAUCCAUGAUAGGACAAUAUGUGGCUGUUUAGUGAAGUGGCCGAGGGAAAAUUUGUCACAUGCAGCCAAGAGGUUUGAUCGUUGAAGUAUAAUGUUUAGGUGACUCUCUGCACCUGAUGUCCACGUGCACUCAGCUGAGUGGAAACAUAAGUGUGAACAGUAAGCUGCUAUUUUAGCAUGAAAAGUCAGUGGAAGAAACCUCUGCAGCUACAUUACUGUUAGAGUAAAAAUAGUAAUAACUAUAGCUAUGUCUGUGACAGUUCCAUGAAGCGUUAAUGAGGUUUCUUUGUUUCUGCACAUACAACAGUCUCCACUGCACCAGCACACAUGCUAAAAACACCUGAAGGCAUUUUUCAUGGGACGAAUUCACAGCAAGUACCAAGCCCCCCAUUAACUGUAUUUAACCUGAGUUCAUUUCAGUGACUCUGAACUCAUCGCUGACAUAUACUUUUCUGCUGGGGUGUUUCGCAGCUUACACCACAGACGUCUACAGCUAAGAAAUUUAUUUACAAAUCAAUUUAUGUGUUUGUUAACCACUCCCUAAAAAUCUGCGGAUUGUCCGGAGUAACGAGGACGUUGCUUCUUUUUAAAAUGAAAUUCUUCAACACUGAGCAGCACAAACUAAAUUCCAAUUAAUUCCAAUUAUCUAGUUUGUAUUUAGGGCAGAUAUCUCAGAGACAGACCUGGACAAAUAAAACCAAAACCAUCUGCGUGGACAGACACUACAAGACGGAGCUGUUUUUUGUUGUUGUUUUUGUUUAAACUCAGUAUCACUUAGAUACAACCACGUUCACAUCAGAGUUUGAUACUGGCAACAAAAAAGUGGUGUCAGUGCAUCUUACAGAUCCACACAACGGCCUCCAUUAUAAUCUGUAUUUUUAGAUUGGUGCAGAUCUUAUACUAAGCGUCUCUUUGUAUAUUUGUCAUCUUAUCAACCUGUCAGCCAUUUCGACUUUUAACCAUCACCGUAAGUGUCAAAAAGCAGACACAGAUUUUUUUUUCAUUGUAAUGGUCAUAAAAACACACACUUAGCCUCAUUAGCCGGUCAGCUGGAGCCUAUUUUGUGGAUCUGUUUUCUCCCUCAGAUUUUCCCAUGAUCCUCCUCUCCCAAAGCCACACCAUCACCUUUUAGCCAAUAACCACAAAUCUGCCAUGAUCAUCCCCUCUCUCCUCCGCCUCUGUUGAGUUUAAUUCCUCCCUUUAUCCUUCCUUUUUUCCCUCUCUACCUCCACAUCAUCUCUCCAUCCAUUAUUUCACAUUUAUAUAAUCCUGAGAAGCCCCUCUUCCUUCCUCGUCUGUUGUAAACUGCUUGUCCUCCUCUGUACUCCUUCUAUCUCUCCUUCCUUUCUUUUCUUAUUUUUGGAUGUUACCUUCUUUCUCUCUUUCCUCGUCGCCAAGCCCCGCCCCUCGCUGUCUUUCACUCUUUCUCUCUCUCUCCUGCUGAGCGAGGGAUUAAAAACCUUUUUAUUGCACUGUUGAUUUUGGUUUUGUAAGAUAUUAAUAAUGAGAAUAAUGUUAAUAAUCUUCUUAUUGUGACAUAACCUGGUCUGUCCAGAUUUAAGGAAGUGGUACUUUAACCGGAGGAGGAGAAAUGUUAUUGUUUCUGUUCAUAUCUCUGUAAUAAGCUUUUUAUUUCUUAUUUGUUUUAUAUUAUUAUUUUUUAUUGCUGUCUGUUGACUUCGUAAGUCUUCUCUGGAUGUUCAGCCAGAGUUCAGUAUUUUCUGCUCUGAGGCGUCUGCUGAUUGGACCAGGGUUGUCACGUGAUCAGAUGCAAUGUUCACGUCAUGUCUGACAAAAUGGAGCAAUGUAACUAGUCAUGUUUGAGUCGUUAAAAGCCACAUAUUAAAUUUUAUUUAAAAAUUUAUUAAUUUAAAUGUUUUCAUCCAUUUAUUUUUCUCUUCAAUGAUUCAUGACUCCAGGUGUUACAACAAAAUACAUUUGUCAUGCCAGAAAUCAUUCAAAAUUCCAAGAAUACAUCCUGUUUUUAAUUAACCACAAGAUGGCAACAUAAACGUCGAAGUCUGUGGCUGCCAGUACUGAAUUAAUAUUGAAAUUUAGAAUUAAUUUUAACAUUUUUGUGCUAAUAGCAUAUGACAAAAUUUAAAAAAAAAAAAAA